UUAUCUUCCUCGCCAUAAUAGUGGCACCGCUCUUCCAUCACUGCUAACGAUACCAGACAACACCAAAGAGACACCUGGAAAUCGCAGCAUCAUAAUAAUGUCUCUUCCAUAUCCUACUCGACAGCUCUACUACGAUGGAAAGCCACAGCCCGCUUCCUCUGGCAAGACUUUCCAAACGACUGACCCUUCCAAUGCCGCACCGCUAGCCGAUGUCCAGCUAGCGUCUACCGCGGACGUCGACAAAGCUAUCGCAUCCGCAGAACGGGCCUUUCCCUCGUGGUCGCAAACUCCUCCAAUUGUGCGAGCGCGCAUUCUGCAGAAGGCCGCAUCGCUGCUACGUGAAAAGAACGACGAGAUUGCCAAGGCAGAGACCAGGGACACUGGAAAGGCCUACACGGAAACCAGCACCGUUGAUGUCAUAACGGGCGCUGAUGUGCUCGAAUACUAUGCGAACUAUGUUGGUAGCGGCGGUCUCAACGGUGAGACUACGCACCUGAGAGAAGAUGCCUGGGUAUACACAAAGAAGGCACCACUGGGUGUCUGCGCGGGUAUCGGUGCUUGGAACUAUCCUGUCCAGAUCGCCCUGUGGAAGUCCGCUCCUUGCCUCGCGGCAGGCAACACCAUGGUCUACAAACCAAGCGAAUUCACUCCUCUGCACGGACAGACGCUUGCCGAGAUCUACACGGAAGCUGGUCUUCCUCCCGGAGUCUUCAACGUGGUGAACGGGGCUGGCGAGGUGGGUGCAUAUCUCACCUCCCAUCUUUCCAUCGCCAAGGUUUCCUUCACAGGCCAGGUGUCCACCGGAAAGAAAGUCGCAGGAACCGCCGCCGGACACAUGAAGUACGUUACCAUGGAGCUCGGUGGAAAGAGUCCGCUCGUUAUCCUCCCGGACGCCGAUGUGGAUAGCGCCGUCGACGGUGCCAUGAUGGCCAAUUUCUUCAGCACGGGUCAAGUCUGCACCAACGGCACCCGCGUCUUCAUCCCCAAGAGCAUGCAGGCCGCAUUCGAGAAGCGCCUUGUCGAAAAAAUCUCCUACGUCCGGGCAGGCCCCGUCUUCGACGAAAAGACUAACUUCGGCCCUCUUGUCUCUAAAGUCCACUACGACAAGGUCACCAGCUACAUAAAACACGGAAUUGAGGUAGACCGAGCCCGACUCCUCUGCGGUGGGCUCGAGAAGCCCAAACUCCCACAAGACCUCCAGCAGGGCUUCUGGGUGCAGCCAACCGUAUUCACCGACUGUACGGACAACAUGCGCAUCGUCCGAGAGGAGAUCUUCGGCCCCGUCAUGUCCAUCCUCACCUACGACACCAUCGAAGAAGCCGUGAAGCGCGCCAACGCCACCGAGCUGGGUCUCGCGGCGGGCGUCUUCACCAAGGACAUCAACCUGGCACAUAAGAUUAUCGACCAACUCGAGGCUGGAAUCACCUGGAUCAACUCCUGGGGUGAGUCUCCAGCCGAGAUGGCCGUUGGCGGUUGGAAGCAGAGCGGUGUAGGCGUCGAGAACGGCCACAAGGGCAUUGAGGCGUGGGUGCGAAACAAGAGCACUCUGGUCGAUAUGAGUGGUGCUGUUGCGACGGUCUUCGCAAAGUUGUAAAAAAUCAUUUUAUCAUAUUACAUACUAUCAUUAUUUCUCUGGGACGCCUUUCUAGAGAAAAUGAAAGGACAGGAAACGGUUUCGAUGAGCGUUGGAUCAUAUAGAAGCGCCUUUUCAUUAUUUAUGCCAUUUUAGCCUGUUCGUUCCGAACUACAUAUUCAUUUAAAAAAAGUCAUUUAUUUACGAGAGUCCAAAUUGAACAUAUUGUGCAAUUUUAUCAUAUGAUUCAAU